CCUUUGAAACUUAUUGAUGGUUAUCUCAAUGAACCACUUGCGUCUCUUGAAGAAGCACUUCAACCUUUCAAUGGUCAAAUUGAUCAAUUAUCUUAUUAUAUCAAAGAAGCGAAAACUAAAUGUCACUUUCCAUCAGAACAUAAUCUUACACGUGAUGAAUCAGCUGCUAUCUAUAUUUAUACAAUGAAAUGGUCUAAUAAAUGUCUCUAUGAUCAUUUGCAAGAAGCAUGGAAUUCUCAAGAUCGAUCUAGAAUGAAACCAUGGUAUAAAUAUCUUAGAUUAUUCAAAAGUGCAUUUGAUAAAUUACCUAAUGCAAAAAAAGAAAUUUGGCAAGGAACACCUUUUGAUGAAAGUAUCAUAGAGAAACUAAGCUCAAAAUCACCAACACUCUAUACUUCUAUGGGCUUAUGUUUACAAUCAUCUAAUGAAAUUCAAGACUAUCUUGAGAAAAAUGGUAUUACAAAGAUAAUUCUUAUUGGUUAUGAAUCUGUCAAUGGAAAGUUAAUAGGUGCUUAUUCAGCAAAUCCUUGGAAUGAAGCCUUGCUAUUUCCUGGUAUGAAACUGGGUGUAGCAAGCUAUAACGUGAUUGAUGCUAAUGAUUCAUUAACUCUACAUCUAAAAGGAUUGAAUGAUACUCCUGCACCAGUAAGAAGCAAAACACCAAGACCUGAGAAACACUUCGAAUGUGCAAAUAAUGCUCAUAACCAUUCAUUUUUCAUGCAAUAG